GACUUCUUUUUAGCAGAAAACAUUUCGAAGAUGCGUCAAGUUGAGAAUGGCUGUGGCUGCACCCAUGCUUAAGUGGAAAAGGGUCACUAAUACCACGGGCCCACAACCCCGACCACGACAUGGGCACCGUGCCGUUGCCAUCAAGGACUUAAUGGUGGUAUUUGGUGGUGGAAACGAAGGAAUUGUGGACGAAUUGCAUGUGUACAACACAGCAACCAACCAGUGGUUUGUACCUCCCGUCAAAGGUGACGUACCACCAGGAUGUGCUGCGUAUGGGUUUGUGGUGGAUGGCACUCGAAUUCUCGUAUUUGGCGGUAUGGUUGAAUAUGGCAAAUACAGCAAUGAACUGUAUGAACUUCAGGCUUCCAGAUGGGAAUGGAAGCGAGUUAAACCUCGGCCUCCUCGCAAUGGUCCUCCCCCAUGUCCAAGGUUGGGCCAUUCAUUCACCAUCAUUGGCAAUAAAGUUUAUCUUUUUGGUGGUCUAGCAAAUGACAGUGAAGACCCAAAAAAUAAUAUUCCAAAGUACCUGAAUGACCUAUACACUUUGGAGCUGCGGCCCAAUUCCAGCGUCAUGUCUUGGGACAUCCCCGACACUUAUGGUGUUCCUCCUCCACCUAGAGAAUCGCACACAGGGGUGGCAUACAUGAGCAAAGAGAAGCCUAAACUUGUUAUAUAUGGAGGAAUGAGUGGUACCAGAUUGGGAGAUCUGUGGAUACUUGAUAUCAAUACAAUGACGUGGGAGCGACCUACAGUCAGUGGUGCACAUCCUCUUCCACGAUCUUUACACUCUGCCACUCUAUUAGGCAAUAAAAUGUUUGUUUUUGGGGGAUGGGUUCCACUUGUUUUAGAAGAACUGAAGGGACCAAACAACGAAAAGUCUGAGUGGAAGUGCACUAACACGCUGGCUUGUCUUAAUUUAGAAAAUAUGUCUUGGGAGAAUGCAAUGAUGGAGAAAUUUGAAGACCAGAUGCCUCGUGCCAGGGCUGGGCACUGUUCAGUUGGCAUUCACUCGCGUCUCUUUGUUUGGUCUGGAAGAGAUGGCUAUAGAAAAGCUUGGAACAAUCAGGUGUGUUGCAAAGAUUUGUGGUACUUGGAGACAAGUGUUCCUGGGUCACCUGGUAGAGUACAACUUGUAAGAGCAUCAACUACCACUUUGGAAGUCUGUUGGGGAUCUACACCUACUGCAGAUGCAUACCUUCUUCAGAUUCAAAAGUAUGAUAUACCUACACCUGUAACAACCAUGUCCACACCAACAACCCCAACCAGCUCGCCAGCUACUCCUAGUAUACCUGCGUCUCCGGCCAACAAACCCAUAACUCUCACUCAAACAGUUUUGAGACCAACCACUCCUGGUGCCAUCACCUCAAUGACACCCACGUCUCCACAAACUGUAAGAGCAGCUGGCGGGAAUAUUGUUCGAGUGCGAACCCCAGGAGCUGGUCAAAUUAAAGUAAUAGGGGCAAGUGGACAAACUACACAAAUUCUUAGGGCUGGUCUUCCAGCAACAACUGCCACCUCCACUGCAGGGGGAAUGUCAGGCAUUGCUGCCUUGGCAGCAGCAGCAGCUGCUACCCAGAAGAUUACGACCAGUACUGGAACAGCAACGUCCCCUACCUCUGUCAAAGUAGUACAGCCUAACACCUUAGUAACCUCACAGGGAGUUAAGGUUGCUACAAGUCUUGCAGGGCAAACUGUCAGAUUAGUUUCCCCUUCUUGUCAGGUUUUAAACACUCAGGGGGCAACCGUAACUGGACAAGGAGGAAAACAGUUCAUUUUACAGAAGAGUGGAGUAGCUGGAUCACAACCUCAGAUUGUUACUUUAGUUAAGACUAGUAAAGGUCUUACUCCUAUGUCCAAAGUUAAUCUUGUUCAGAGUAAACCUGGAGUGGGUGGUCAAGGAGCAACUAUUGUAAAGCUUGUGACAACUCAAGCAGCAGGUGCUGGCAAACCCAUCAUGACAACAUCUACAACACAAUCUGGCCAGAUCCUGAGCCUUCAGGGAGGUACUCCAACUACUGUCAAAACUGCUGUACAAGGCCAGAAUAUUGUUAUAGCCAAACAACAGCUUGGUACUACAACUGUUGGGGGAAAGCAAACUAUAGUCAUUACCAAACCUGGAGCAGCUGGUGCAAGUGGAAUCAGACCACAGACAUCUCAAAUUAUAGUUGUAACAACUGCUUCUGCUAUCAGAACACUACAAACCACUACUACUACUACAUUAGCUGGAGGACAGACUGCUCAGGUGCCUGCUGGUGGUGGUGGUAUGAAAAUGGUAGUGGUAUCGUCUGGGGGUGCUAGUGGCAGCACAACUACCCAGUCUGUCACAAAGCCCAUGACCAUUACGGUGGCUGGGCAGGCAGGGCAGCAGGCUGGUGCCAACACCAAGACAGUCACCAUAGCUGCCAAGUCUGGCACUCCUAGUACCACCACAACUCUCCUCAACACUGGGUCAGGCCAGAUCAUUGCUGUUCCUGCCCAGGGUUUGCUGCAAUCAGGGCAGCAGGCAUUGACUAUUGGAGGUAAACCUGUAACAGUACAAGUAACAACUGCAGGUGGCCAGAAAACUGUAACUCUGGUGACUUCGCAAGCAAGUAACAGUGCAAAUUCAACUGCAACUUCGAGUUGCACAACUACAUCAUCUGCAAAUCAGCCUUCCACUUCAAUCACUGGUUCUGGAGAUGGACCUGUGACCUCGGAUGCUGCAUUAGCAGCCUUGGCAGCAGAAGCUGGCCUUAUUAUGCCAACAGGGGAGGGUGAGCAGACUGAGCAGACUGCUGCAGUAGCCUCAUCUUCCCAACAAGACCAGAAUGAUGCAGCCAGUAGUUCAGCACAAAACUUGUCAGAAGGACAAAUUGUGGAAGGUACGCCAUCUUCUGAAGCUACAAAAUCUAACGUAAAUACAGAAGUAAUGGAAGAUACCGAAGUAAAGAAAGUUGAAGGAACUAGCACAGCCUCAAAUGACAAUGGGGAAAGUACAAUUAAGCAAGAGCCAAUGGAUACAACAGAAAAUACUGGAGAGAACAAUAAUGCAACUACUUCAAGUGGUGAUGGUGGGGAGACCACAGAUCCUUUAGCUACCUUGGCAUCUGCAGCUAUUAAUUCCUCCAUGAGUACAACAACAGCCAUAAAGACGGAAGAUACAACUACUACUCUAGCAAAUGGCAUUAAGCAAGAACCAGGUGAACUAAAGAAGCCAGAGACCGAGUGGUACGAUGUGGGAAUAAUAAGAGGGACUGUGUGUACUGUACAGGCCUAUUAUUUACCUAGUGAAAGCGAUUCCCAUAAGAAUGAAUCUUACACUGAUGCUGAAGGUGAAGUCACUGAAAGGAAAGCAAGUGGCAUAGAGGUCAAGCUACAGCCAGGUACUGCUUAUAAAUUUAGAGUUGCAGGAAUCAAUGCUUGUGGCAGAGGGGCUUGGAGUGAAGUGUCUGCCUUUAAGACAUGUCUACCAGGUUACCCUGGUGCUCCAUCGGCUAUCAAAAUUUCAAAAUCCUCUGAAGGAGCACAUUUAUCUUGGGAGCCACCUCAGAAUGCAGCUGGAGACAUCGUAGAAUAUUCAGUAUACUUGGCCAUCAGAAAUGCAGCUACCCAGCAGCAGGUGGGGAAAGAGACUGGCAGUGGUGGUGCUCACUUGGCAUUCAUGCGUGUAUAUUGUGGCGCCAUCAAUCAGUGUACAGUUUUAAAUACACAGCUGGCAGCAGCUCAUAUUGACACCACAAACAAACCUGCCAUUAUAUUUAGAAUAGCAGCAAGGAAUGACAAAGGUUAUGGUCCUGCUACACAAGUGAGAUGGUUACAAGAUUCUGUGACUGGAAAUAGUGCUGGAGGAGGCCCAAAAAUUGUUAUGCGAAGACCUGCUUCUGACAACAGAUCUCCGGUGGCUGUUAAAAAGUUUAAGGCAGAUGAUUCUGCACUAUAGUAAUAAGUUGAGAUCUUUUAUUUUAAUGAGUAGAAAGAUUUUUAAAAAGCAAAUGAUAUUGUGUGGCUAGAUAAUGCAUAGGUGUGCACUCUGUGCUGAAAUGUGUUGAUAACACAGAAGUAUCUAGGUAAUUCCCAAAUAGACUUGGUGAAACCCCCUUAUGAAAGGUAGCCAAAUUAUGCAAAAGAUGGAUGAUAUUCUUGGCUGUCCCUUUUGUGUAAGGUAUAGAUUUUUUUAUAAUUAAUGUGUAUUGUCAUGAGAUAACAGGAAGUUUUCUCUUUCAUAUGCACCUCUAAUUGUAUAUACAAAUAUAUAUAUAAAUAUAUAUAUUAUAUAUGACUGGCUGUUUUUACAGCUAGCAAUUGCAAGUGUUGUAACUUGAUGAUCUGAACCAAAUAUGUUGUUAAGUGAUAAGUGGGUUCUGUAUAGCCCAUGAUUUCAUUUAAUUUAUAUAUACUGUAAUGUACACUUAAGGUCCAUCCAAACAACUGUUAAUUUCAUGUAAAUGUCAGUGUCAUUGCUUUCUACCUUUUUAGCUUGUAAGUAUUUUUAAGGCAUUCAUUGAAUGUCACAAACACGUUUUCCAAAGUUAAGAACUUUGUAAGGAUCCGUACUCUGACUUUUGUCCUUUUCAUGCAUCUCAGAGGAUAAUAUUUUUACCAUGAGAGUCCCCACCCUUCCUCUUUCCUACUCUGGAUGCUUGGAAUAGACUGUAAAUUUGCAUUAUAUAAAAAAAAGGUUAAUUUUCAGUAAACAAGAACAUCAGUGGGUGAACUGUGACUCUAUUUUUUUUCCAUUUUCUUUUAAAUGGUUUAGUUGGUUAUUUACAUAUAAGCCCAGAUACAGUGGGUGGAAGACAGUAAAAAUAAAUCAUUACUGCUUUUAAGUUCUCUGCAAUUAGUGGCCAAAUUACUUCCAUCAAUUUCUUUAGAUCUUCCUUGUGCUCUAUUGCAGUGCAGUACUUAAGUUUUCCUUGCACAGGGUUUUAAGCAUAUGCUCUCCAUUUUUAUUCCCAACAAAAUUACUUAUUUAUUUAUCCUUAAAUUUUCUAAUUUUAAAGUAAUACUUUUAGAUAUUCUGACAAAAAUAUUUUUUAUGUGCAACCCUUCUCGGUGCAUCUUGAUGUUUUUUUCUUUUUGUGUCAAUCUGCAGUUUCAGUUUUGAGCACAAAUAUAUAUUUAUAUACAUAUAGUUUUGUUAUCAUAAUUGUAUAUAUUCUCAUCCUUGAGCAUUUACUUGGGCAUAUGUUUCAAGAGCUUGGAUUUGUUUCAGUUUACUGCAAAAGAAAAAUGAAAAAAUGUAUUUGCAAAUCUGUACACCUAGUUUUUACUUCAGGAUAUGAGGCUCAACAUUUUACUUCCAAUUGUGCUAGUACAUACUUGCAUCAAGGAAAUCUGAAAAAUCUAUUUAUUGUAGAUUUUUCACUGCCACCUUGUGUUUAUUUUAUUUUGUUAGUGUUACUUUUAGAGUUUAGGACCUUUAGAACUUUGUCCUUUAGUGGCAAGGGCCAUAAUGAAUACUGUGUGUACUGUUUGUUUCCAUGGUUAUUUUUCUGUCUUCACAAAAGUAGUUUGUCCUGUUUCUCCCUUGCUCCUAGUUUUGUAUAUCAGUCACUGGUAUGCCUCCUUUCUACAGGCCUUUCUCUUAAUAAUGUUUUUAUAUUUUUGUUUGUAGUACAUACUCCUCUUUUUCAUCCACUUAUGUAUAUAUACAGGCAGUCCCUGGUUAUCAAUGGACUCUGUUAAUGGCGAUCCGGUUUUAUGGCACUAGACUAGUGCCAUAAAAUUGGUGAUUUAUGGCGCCAUAACGCACCAAGUCCGGUUAUGGCACUUAUAAGAGAGUUAUGGUGCCAUAACAUACCUAACAGAGGCGCCAUUAACUGGAUAUCGGCACCACAAGCACCAUAAAUCGCCAAGUUUCGGUUAAUGGUGGUUGUCACUUAUCAGCACCCCCCGCUAAUAACCGGUGACUGCCUGUAUGUAUAUUAUAUAUAUAUAUAUAUAUAUAUAUAUAAUUCCCAAUCACUCGUAGGUCUAAUUUUCACAAUGACAAAGCUGUACUUGGAAACUUAUUGUCGUGUCAGUUAAUUAUUAGAAGCAAGGGCUUAUGCUUUUUUUGUUCAAAAAAAAUCUGAUCACUCCAUUUCUUGCAUAUCAUAUUUUCUUCAAAUAGGGAAAGCAUCGACCCCACUAUAUUUAUAGUUUACAUCAAUCAUUGUAGAUACCAUCCCCUUGUAAGAUAACUGAGAACAAGCUAACUGUUUUUAUAGUUGUAGCAUAGAUUGUUAAUUGGAGGCAUCCCCUGCUUACCUAGUUGCCCAUAUACUUUGUGUUGGGUUUUAAAUUUCAAGGAAAGUACAAACGAACAAGUGUGUAAUGUCUUUCUAGAUUUUGGCUGGCUAGCGGGUUCAUGUGCCGUUUUCCACUUUCUUCCAGGCCUCUCAACAUGCCUCUUGCCAGUGACAAUUAAGAGCUUAAAGAAUUGUGUAUUUAAUGGAAGAAUUGUAUUUAGUUCAAAGAAGGUAGAUUGGGGUUCAACUCUUAAAUUUAAGAGUUUGCUUCUCGGUUUUCUUUAAAACAAAACAUUUAGUAAUUAGGAUAGUACAGUCUACUGAACUCCAUUUGAAGCAACAAUGGAGGCAAUCUCUUUGUAAAUAAGAUAUUCUAGUGUUUAUUUUCUAAUUAUAUGAGAGAGGAACACAAGGUUCAAUAUGCAGUGACAGCCUGGAUGGGAAAUGGCUCCAGUACCUGACCAGAUAUUAACACAUUAUUGGUGUAGGGUGGGUUUAGGUCAUCAUAGAGCAUUCACAUCAAACCCAUCCUCCACCAAUGUAUAAUUUGCUAACACAGUUUCUCUAGGCUGUAAGAAAUGAGCAAUGAAUAUAAAAAUGUAUGGAAAGUGCUUUUAAAACUUUAAUAUUUUAUUUUUCAAAAAGUAAGAAUAAAUGAAACUAUUGAGAUAGUGAAAAA